AUGAUGAUGAUGAUGAUGCAAAGAAGAAUAUUUUUUGCAGCAUCAAUAUUAUUAUUAUUAUUGAGUUAUAGUACAACUACUACGACGGCACAAACAAACGAAGCAAGCAAGACAUUUGUAAAUCUUCAAGGCACAGGUCAAUAUCCAGCGUUUACACAACACUUUUGGUCCAAUGAAACCACACCAACCAUGAAAGCAUCUUGGGAUGUUGAUUCAGAGGUAACAGCAUCCUACUAUACCGAUCUAUGUAGAUUUGGAAAGGUUGGACAAUCCGAUGCUUCAUUUUUUACUUUAAGUUCAUUUGUAACUAGUCCAGUCUACAAUGGAUCAUUAGAGGAUAUCUAUGUAAUAGAAGCAGGAUCAUCGUAUGCUAUCGACACUAACCUUCUUACGAUUUCAAACGUUGCUCUACUUUGUGUUUAUGGCACUUUUGAAUUCGAAUAUGUCGCUCAAUUCGUAAUGGCAUUCCAUAGUGUUGUUGUUUUUCCAGGAGGAUCUUUAGAAAUGAAGGAUGUUCUAGAUUUUGUCACUCCAGUAGAUUCACCCGCUCUGAGCACAUUGGAGCAAUACGAUGUUUUUAACAGUUUCCCUGGCAUUAUAUCAUUUGGUAGAGUUCUUAUACCGUCAAUUCCUGGUGUCUCCUCUCAAUACCCAUCGAUUAGCGUCAACGAGACCACUGUCAAAUUCCCAUCGUCGAUGACCAUUGAUUUUUCAUCAAACAAUUACAAUAUGGCCAGCUCAACUGGCUCGGUGUUGUUGGACAGCUCAUCGCUUACAAAAGUAGGUUCAGAGUAUUUCUACAACUUUGGUGUACAGGGUGCUCCUGCUGAUUUUACGGCAACCAUUUAUGCGCUUCCAAAGAAUAUCAAAAACUAUGAUUUUAAAGCUUCCAUGCCCAUUCAGUUGUAUGGUAGUGCCGCCUCUUUUGUGGCUGGUUCAUCUUCAAAAUCUGCCGUCCUUUCCAACUUGUUUGGUCGUACUACCAACGGUCCUCUUUCAGAUACCGUCUACAACAACAACCGUGCACUCCAGACAACAGGAACCAACCAACGUCUUAGAUACGGUGUCAGUGCUUCGUUUGGUGCCAAGAUUAUCUUGGAGAAUGUCUUUAUCAAAGAUUCUUCUUCAGUCCCUUCCUCUAGACGUGCAGUCUUUGGUCUUCAUCAUGCAACGCUUAACAUCAAAAACUCAUACGUCAACCGUUUAUCGUGUGGUUCGGUCAUCUAUGCCGACUAUGGCACAGAGGUUAUUGAGUCUCUAAACACUGUCUAUAUCGGAAAGGCUCCACUUGGUGCAAUUGCUACCGAUGACCCAGAAACUGUUGACUUUGGAAGUGGAGGUAGUGCCAUCACUUCGCUUUCUCCUCAUCUCACUGCCACAUCGAAUCGAUUCUAUGGUCAGUUCCCAGGUGGUGCCAUUAAUAUGGUACAACUUCCAAACAGAACAGCCGUCACUGGAAUGUACUAUGAUCUCCAUCUCAACGACGAACUGUAUCACGAUGCCAGAACCAAUGGUUUUUUAAUCGAUCAGAUGGUUCUCGAUGAUACUGUGUUCCAAUUGGCCGGUAAUGACAACCCUGCCAUAUCCAUCAUCGGUUAUGCAUCCUCGAUGAGCACACCACCCUCGAUUACCAUUCAAAAGAUUGCCACCUCUAAUCCGUUUGUCUUUAACUAUCCAACUGCCACCAUUGUCGUAUUAAACUGCACCACCGUCACUAGUGUACCACUCAUCCAAGUUGUAUCAGGUCCCGUUUCCGUUAUCGUUCAAGAUACAAAUGUUUUUGGAUCUGCCACCCAGAUCACCGGAUCGUUACCAUCGUCCACUUUAAUUAAAAUCUCGUUUACUGGAAGCACAGUGGUUGGCUCGGGCAUUGUCAUUGACCCAGCACAUUUCCAAUCAAAUGGAUACCUAUCGCCCAUUAUCACAAGCGGCGGCGGUGGUGGACAGCAGCAACCGCAGCAGACCUAUGUCCUAUUCCAAAUCAAUACUGGUGUUGGUGGAAUUGACAAAACAGGUCCAUUCCCAGUCGUCACUAGAAUGUCUCCAUCGUCGUAUCAAGCUUUGGUACCUGCAGGCAAUGGCACAAUCAACUUGGAUUUGGGAUUUACCUACGCUUUUCUGCCAGCUUUGGACUUUAAGAACUGUAGAAUUCUCUUUGCCAACAACAAUUCAGUGGCUGUCAACUCGACUUCUUUGGCUACUGAUGGAAGCGGUUCUUUUAACUGUACCACUACUUGGACACCACCAGCCGACACUGCAAGAACACCGGUAUUGCUCAAGGCUGAGAUCUACGACUCUGCAGAUAGAAUGUUAUUUUCAGUCUCUUAUCCACUCAUCUAUAUUGUCAACACUCCAUUCGAGUUUAAACGUGGAUGGGAUAUGGCAACCAACGCAACCACCAACUCUACAACAUCAAUCGAUGGCGUCAACAUUUACGAUGGAUGUUCCACAUCUACCUACUGUCAACUAGACAAUGUACUUUUAAAUUACAACCUUACCGUUCCCACCACCACCGUCCCUGCUAAUACUAGCAAUGCUACACUGGCCCUCUUGGAAACAGGAGCAUCCUCCAACUUUCCUCUUUCCUCUAGUCCAAUACUCACACUCUCUGCAAUGGAACUUGGUCUUUACAAGUUGAAUCUCUUGUUUGUCUACGAGAGACCAAGUAAUCUUCCAAACCCACGUCCAGAUGAAGUGAUUGAUAUCAAUCCCUAUCUUCAAAUCAAUAUUGACGACCAAGUCUAUUCAAGUUCCUUGGCCGUCGACACUAGUCUUGCUGGCAGUCAAUUGGUCAAUGCUACCAUCUUUUUUGAACACUCCACCACUCAAGAUGUCAAGGUUCAAUUCCCAUCGACCUACUUUUACCUCGCUUCAGCAUCGCUCCACUACACCUUUUAUGCACCCGUUGUUCCAUCCGACCAAGGAGACAGUGACUCAACCAACCUUGUCGUCAUUAUUGUUCCUAUUGUCGUCGGUGCACUCGUUAUUGGCGCUCUCAUUGCCGGCUUUAUCAUUUAUCGUCGUCGCAACAAACCAGCCAUGUCCAGAAAGGUCAAUGACAUUGAACUCGGAUCAUCCAACGGCAGCAAGAACAAAUCAUCGCCUACCUCGUCGAUGGGUAAUCUCAGCUCUUCACUAUCGGGCAAUAUGAUGAUGAACAGCAACAUUAGUGGUUCAGUGACACCAAGAUCGGUACCCAAUUCACCAUCACGCACUGCCCUCAAGACUUCGACAGCCAACAUCAACCAAGAAAAGUAUCGUCUCCAUCCUUCCAUCUACGAUAUCAUCCAAAACACUUCCAACUAUACUCACGAGAAUCCAGAUUUCCCAUUGACCUUUACCUCGACACGUCUUGAUUUUGGUAUGGGAGGUAUGAAGUGCCAGAUUGACCAAGUCAUUCAAGACUCUAUCACCAUUGUCAACAAGAGUCAACAUACUGUCGCCUUUGACGUUCUCGUGCCACCAUCAUCGUCGGCAGCUCUCUUCCAAACCGAUGCUCAAGAGACCAUCUCUUUGAAGCCAGGACGUAAUGUAACAGUCACCUUCCAAGCCAAACUGCUUUGUACCACCAAGUUGAUGGAGCGUAUUUCCAUCAACAUUCCAGAGUUUGGACAUACCUUUGUCUACAUGGCAGUCGAAUCGGUUCUCUCUACUCAACUCGAUUACGAUGAAUUGGUAUUCUUUGAACCACCUAUUGGUGAAGGUUCAUUUGGUGUCGUUUAUCGUGGACAAUGGAGAGGUCAAGAUGUCGCCAUCAAGAAGCUCAAGAUUGGUCAUCUCAUGGGUGGCUCUUCGGAUUUGAUCAACGACGUCUACCGUGAAAUGGAUCUUAUGAACAAAUUGCGUCAUCCCAAUAUUGUCAGUUAUGUAGGUGCCGUCAAAACCUCUGACAAGCUUUGUCUCGUCUCUGAAUACAUUCCAAUGGGUUCAUUGGCCAAAGUACUCUACAAGGAGAAACAAGCGCUUACAAUGAAAGAAAAGGUUAGAAUCGCUUUGGAUACUGCCAAGGGAUGUAACUUCCUUCAUCAAUGUGGAAUUAUGCAUCGUGAUCUCAAACCAGAUAAUAUUCUAGUCGUCACCUUGGCCACCGACGCUCAAGUUUGUGUUAAAUUGACAGAUUUUGGUACUAGCAAGGAAGUAACAGAUUUUGAUUUAUCUUCUUAUACUAGUGGUAUUGGUACUCCUAUUUAUAUGGCAAAUGAAAUUCUUGAAAAACAACCAUAUGAUAAUUCAGCUGAUGUUUAUUCAUAUGCUAUUAUGUUUUAUGAACUUAUCCUUGGUGAAGUUCCAUUUGGAGAAUUUAAGAAUGUAUGGGAGAUUCCAAGAUUCAUUCUUUCAGGUAGUCGUCCAACUCGUGGUUUGGAAGGUGUAUAUCCUCCCAUCGUAGAGUUGAUCAAUGAAUGUUGGUUACAUGAUCCAUCAAAACGUCCAACAUUUGCUGCUAUCAUACCAAGACUUGAAGCCAUUUUGGAAUCAAUUCCAAAAUAA